AUGUCCUUGAUGGAUCCCACAAAUUCAAGCUACUGGCUCGCCUCCCUCAAGGUGGCGACGAUCUUGGUCUAUAUCAUUCUGGGCAUUCUCGUAAACGUCGGUGUAAACACGGACCACAAAUACAUCGGCGGUAGCAACUGGCGAAUCGAAGGCGCUCCAUUCCGCGGCGGUUUCGGCGGGUUUGCACGAGUGUUUGUCACUGCCAGCUUUGCGUAUGGUGGUACUGAAAGUCUUGGCGUUACUGCCGGCGAGACGAAGAAUCCGUCGAGGAACAUGCCUCGCGUGGUGAAAGCUGUCUUCUGGAGGCGAUGCUUUCACGAGCUCACCGGUGACUUUCUAGUGCCUUGGGAUUAUCCAAACUUGUCGAAUAAGAGUACUACGACCUCCCCGUUCACUAUCAUCUUCGAGAAAGCUGGAUUCACUGUCGUGGCUUCUUUCAUGAACACUGUCAUUCUGACAUCUGUUCUAUCCGCAGGAAACCAUGCGCUUUUCGCCGGCACUCAGGUACUAUACAGUAUUGCGAUGCCCCCGCAAGAUAAGAAAAUAUGGCACUGA